AUGGUUUCCUUCCAGUGUGACGGGUGUGCGGAUACGGUCAAGAAGCCGCAGUUGGAUAAGCAUCGCCAGCGGUGCUGGGCUAGCUUUACUUGUUUGGACUGCUCAACAACCUUCCAGAACCAAGACUACAAGAAGCACACGUCGUGUAUCUCUGAAGCGGAAAAGUACCAGGGCAAGCUGUAUCGUGGUCCCAAGUCCAACGCCACGUCUGCCAAUCCCUCCAACCAAGCUUCUGCUGCUGUUUCUGCUACCGCGUCGCCAGCCCCCGCAUCGGAGGGUGCGAACAUCCACCCCUCGCGAUUGAGGCAGGUCGAGGCCGACAACUCGGACUUUGACGGCAGCCCAGCAGGGUACGGGCGGGGCGGUUUCGGUGGUAGGGGACGGGGACGGGGCGGGUUCCGUGGUCGCGGAGGCGGUGGGUUCGCACCCCAGCCGCGCGGGUUCAAGCCCACGGGAGAGAAUCUGGCUCAGCCAGAGACGACGAUGCGGUCCUGGGGGUCGACUCCGGUUCCGGAUUCCACUCCGGCCACUCCGCCAGUCCAGGAGAAGAGGCGGAAGGGCGAUAAGGGGGGAACUGGCAGCAAGGCCAACUCGAGCACCAAGUCGAAUAUUGAGGAACCGGCUAGCAAGAAGCGUAAGCGUGAGGCCAGCGAGGCCGCAUCUGCGACCGUACCGGAGACCGCCGUACCCAACGGACCCCCUACCGACAAGGCGCUCAAGCGUAUUCGCAAGCACAUGGGCAAACUCGAGAAGAAGGGCGACAUGAGCCUUGCGCAGUGGAUCGAAAAGGUCGCGCAGGGCAAGGACAAGAGCGUGGACCGCGCUGAUGUGCUUGCUGGCCUGCAGGUGGCUUUCGUCGAUGGCAAGUGGCAGUUGAAGGCAUAG